AUGGGACGGGAGAAGAACAAGAUAUGUCUUCAAUUUCACUUCCUAUUCAGCAAGUCUAAUCUGAACCUGGAGAUAUUCAGCAGAAAACAGAGAUUAAGAAAGAAGGAGGAGAUGAAGAUAAAGAUGAGACCUCUCAGGGUUAAAAUCAGGAAACCCUACAGACCUCAAUAUAAGGAGACAGAAGAAGAGUUUUCUGAUGAUGAUAUUGAUGUAGAAACUAUUGUUGAUCAAGCUUUCGGACUUAAGAAAGUUACUCCGGCUCAGGAUCUUGUACUAGACCCUACCCCUGCUGUACCGGAUCGACCUGUAAUCUCAGAUAUCCAAAGAGUGAGAAUUAGGAAUAGAUUGAAUGAGAUUACUACUCUGCCCCCGACAGUUCCUAUCAGGAACCUCAUCACAUCAGACUUCUUUAACGGAGUAGAUGGUGGAGAAUCAGGAUUCGGGUCUCCUGAAUUUGUUGUCAUAAAUGAUAUCCCUGCAACCCCUGAAUCUCCUGCAACCCCUGAAUCUCCUGAAAACNCUACUAUACUUACUACUACAGAAGAUGAGAAUGAGUUGUUGGACGAGAUCCGUCCUGUUCGUAGACCUGGACCUAGACCUUUCAUCAACCUUGGUUCUUCAGUAAACUCUCUUCAUCCUAAUCACAAGUAUCCUAGGAUAACUCCUCCAACUGCCCCGACCUUCACCGUAUCAACAACUCCUUUUACUGUCAGGGCAUACAAUACCAUAGUACCUCAUAGCUAUACAAGAAAUAGAACUCCUUCAAGGCAAAAAGAUUCAGGCUACUCUUUUCCAUCUCCUGGGUUUUCAAGUUUUCAAGAAAAUAGUUCCAAUACUCCGUUAUUUAGAGAAAUACAAGAUAACAAGCAGUACAAUAAGAAUGAUUUUAACGAUGAGAGUGUAAAAGGAGUGAGCUACUACAACAACUACGGACAACAUGAUGACAGACCCCUGAUAACCCGCCCUGUAUCUGCUGAGAUCCCUGUAGCAGAGGCGGAGGCAGAUAUAGUGUUCAAGGAGGCGGAGAAGGCGAUUGAAGAUGAAGAGGCUGAGAGGAUUGUUAGAAGACCUGGAGAAGUCAGAUUUGGAGGAACCAGUAUUGUUUUGCCACCUCCAGGCAGAUUUUCCUCCCCUAGAGAGCCCGCCAUUGAUCCCCUUGCAAUGCCUCCAAAAGGGCUAAUCAGGGGUGUCCCAAGAACCAGGGUUUCUCAGGACCAGCGCCCGGUCAGCCUUGUUUACCCAAACCAUCCGGUCAGCUCAGUCUUUCCCGACAGGGCUGUGAGUGAUAUUUUUAGAGAGGAGCCUACUGAACCUUUUACUCAGUUUUCAGAUAAAUUCCCAGUUCCAGGAGGGAUUGAAGUGGUCAAUUCUGAGCCUGAAGUUAAUGUACCUUCUUUUGAAAACUUUUUCAAGGACUCUGAGAAGUAUUUUGGGAAUCCGUUUUCUGUUGAUCCCUUCCUCAAGCUGGAGAUAGACGAGGAGAAGUUUAAUUCCAAUAAAUCCAAACCAACUAUUCAUCAUAUACCAUUAGAGAUUAGCGGGGGCCCGAGAAUAAAACAAUUUGUUAAUCUGGGAACAUCUGAGGCUCCGCAAUUCAGACCCAAAAGAAAACUGUAUAAACCCCCUCCAGUGCUAACUAAAUACCAACCACCACAAGCCAGAGAGGAUACAG